AUGAAGCUUCUCCCUGUUGUCCUGCUCCUCCUGUUUCUCCUGACGACUGUGGAAGCCAGACCAAAACCUACAGCCCUGAAGUGCAGGACGGGCCCCCUGGACAUCGUCUUUGUGAUCGACAGCUCCCGCAGCGUGCGGCCCUUCGAGUUCGAGACCAUGCGGCGCUUCAUGGUGGACAUCAUCAGCAACCUGGAGCUGGGCCCCAACGCCACGCGGGUGGGCGUGAUCCAGUACUCCAGCCAGGUGCAGAACAUCUUCUCCCUCAAGACUUUCUUCACUCGGGCGGAGAUGGAGAAGGCCAUCAACAGCAUCGUCCCGCUGGCCCAGGGCACCAUGACGGGCCUGGCCAUCCAGUACGCCAUGAACGUGGCCUUCACUGCGCAGGAGGGCGCGCGGCCGCUGCACAAGAAGAUCCCCCGCGUCGCCAUCGUGGUGACGGAUGGGCGGCCCCAGGACCGCGUUGCCGAGGUGGCCGCCCAGGCCCGGAGCGCUGGCAUCGAGAUCUACGCCGUGGGCAUCCAGAGGGCGGACAUGAACUCGCUGCGGGCCAUGGCCUCGCCGCCGCUGGAGGAGCACGUCUUCCUGGUGGAAUCCUUCGAGCUCAUCCAGCAGUUCGGGAAGCAGUUCCAGGACAAGCUCUGCGGGGUGGACAUGUGUGUGGAGCAGCAGCAUGGCUGCCAGCACAGCUGCAUCAACACUCCCAGCUCCUUCUACUGUGAAUGCAACCCGGGCUACAGGCUCAACGUGGACAGAAAGACCUGUUCCCCCAUCGAUGCCUGUGCAGAGGGGCAGCACGGCUGCCAGCACCACUGCGUCAGCACCCGCGGGUCCUACCAGUGCCGCUGCCGAGCGGGGUACCACCUGCAGCAGGACAGGAGGAGCUGCACUCUGAUCGAUUACUGCAGCUUCGGCAACCACAGCUGCCAGCAUGAGUGUGUCAGUGUCCCCAGCGGGCACUACUGCCGCUGCCACCGCGGGUUCACGCUGCAGCCCGACGGCAGGUCCUGCAGGGCCACCGACCUCUGCAACGGGGUGGACCACGGCUGCGAGUUCAAGUGUGUGAGCACACAGGGCUCCUACCGCUGCGUGUGCCCCGAGGGCCAGCAGCUCCAGGCUGAUGGCAAGGCAUGCAGCAGGUGUGGAACUGGGCACGUUGACCUGGUGAUGGUGAUCGAUGGCUCCAAGAGCGUCAGGCCCCAAAACUUUGAGCUGGUGAAGCAGUUUGUGAACCGCAUUGUGGACCUGCUGGAGGUGUCCCCCCAUGGCACCCGGGUGGGGCUGGUGCAGUACUCCAGCCGCGUCCGCACCGAGUUCCCCCUCAACAAGUACCACAGCGCCGACGAGAUCAAGAAGGCAGUGAUGGAGGUGGAGUACAUGGAGAAAGGCACCAUGACAGGCCUUGCCCUCAAGCACAUGGUGGAGCACAGCUUCUCCGAGCUGGAAGGUGCCAGGCCUCUCUCUCACAACGUGCCCAGAAUUGGGCUCGUCUUUACAGAUGGACGCUCCCAAGAUGACAUCUCUGAAUGGGCCAGGAGAGCAAAGGAGUCAGGGAUCGUCAUGUUCGCCGUGGGUGUGGGGAAGGCGGUGGAAGAGGAGCUGAGAGCCAUCGCCUCCGAGCCCGUGGAGCAGCACUUCUCCUACUCGGCAGACUUCACCACCAUGACCCACCUCGUGGAGAACUUCAAGCUGAACAUCUGCCCAGAGGAGGGCAAAGGGAAGACAGAGAUUCGCAGCCCGUGUGAGUGUGAGGCCCUGGUGCAGUUCCAGACAAACACCGUGGCCAUCCUGCAGAGCCUGACUGAGAAAAUUGCUCAGAUGACAGCCAGACUGGAAGACCUGGAGAAGCAGAUUGCCAACAAGAAGUGAUCCCUGCAGGGGGCUGCAGAGCUCAGAUGGAGCCUGGGGAUGGACAGUAGCUCCGUGGCAUUGUUAUUGCUAGGUUAUUGUAAAGCAUCAGUGUUUGUUAAUGUAUUGCAAAAUCCCCAGGGGGAUGUGGAGUGUAUUUAAAAA